AGAUCUUACCACAAACUCUAGACUGAGCGGCGCCGAGAUGAUCCCCGAAGUCCCCGACUGAGUAUGGACGUUGUGUAUAGAAGAGAUGGCUGCCGUCGUGGGUACCCAUUUUCCAGGUUGUAACAAAUAUGAUGUCUUCCAAGUCUGGUCUCAAAUUCAUAAUCGUUGGCGGUGUCGCCGGCGGCAUGUCUGCUGCGACACGCGCCCGCCGCCUUUCUGAAUCUGCCUCUAUAACCGUCUUCGAAAAAGGACCUUACGUGAGCUAUGCAAAUUGCGGGAUUCCCUACUCACUGGGCGAAGUCAUUCAGAAAGAAGAGUCAUUGAUCUUGAACACCCCCAAAUCCUUCAAAGACCGCUACAAUUUGGAUGUGCACAUCGAUUCUGAAGUCGUCAAGAUCGACCCGCAACAGAAGACGGUCGAUGUCCGAGUCCAAGGGGAGAAAACAAUUGAGCGAUAUGCUUGGGACAAACUCGUCCUCUCCCUGGGAGCUGAGCCAUUCCUGCCGCCGCUCAAGGGCAUCGAUCUACCCCAUGUCUUCACACUCCAGACGAUCCCGGAUCUGCGACGGAUUCGGUGCGCUCUACAAGACAGCACUUGUGUCAAGCACGUUGCGGUCAUUGGAGGUGGGUUUAUCGGCCUCGAGGCGGCCGAGAACAUUAAAGGUCUUGGGUUCGAGGUUUCGAUCCUCGAAGCGGCCCCUCAAGUCUUCACGCUGGUAGAUCACGACAUUGCGGAACGCAUUCAUACUGAGCUCCGAGCCAACGGUGUCAGUGUCCAUCUACGGGUCAACAUUAAGGAAAUUCAGCCGGGACAUGUUAUGUUGGGCAGCGGCGAGACCGUACCCGCGGAUGUGGUCAUUGCGGCCGUAGGAGUGCGACCCCGAACCUCGCUAGCACGAGAUGCGGGCUUGAAAAUUGGCAGCUCAGGUGCUGUAAGUGUCGACCACUUUAUGCGGACGUCGCACCCCGACAUCUACGCCGUGGGGGACAUGGUAGAAACCGAAAACAGAGUUCUCGAUCGGGCGCUUCCCCUUGCUCUCGCAGGGCCUGCUGCUCGACAGGGACGGAUUGCUGUCGACCAUGCAUUAGGGAUCCUCAAAGAGGGCUACCGUGGCAACGUCGGGACUUCGAUAUGUAAAGUCUUCGGCCUAGCGGUCGCCAGCGUUGGAACAUCGGCCCGCGUACUGCAGCAAAUGGGCAAGAAACCCUUAUGGGUGACCGUCUAUCCUCCAUCGCAUGCCGGAUACUACCCAGGGGCCCAGCCUCUGUCGCUCAGGGUGAUUUUUGAACCCGAAAGCGGACGGUUGCUCGGAGCACAGGUCGUGGGUAAAGAGGGAGUUGAUAAACAGAUCGACGUCCUAGCGAUGGCAAUGCAAGCCGGCAUGUCGAUCUCUGAUCUCGAGCAUCUAGAAUUGGCGUACGCACCACCUUACGGCUCUGCAAAGUCCCCGGUGAACAUGGCUGGCUUUGUCGGCACGAACGUCCUACGCGGAAUAGUGCGCAUCAUGCAUCCCGAAGAAUUGGUCUCUUCCGGUUUUCCGCUGGAAUCUAUUCAGCUCCUGGACGUUCGCUCACCUGAGGAAUUCGGCCGUGGCCAUAUCCCUGGUGCCGUCAACAUAUCAGUGAACACACUGCGGGAGAGGAUGGAUGAGCUGGAUAAGAACAAGUACACAGUCGUCUACUGCGGCGUGGGCUACCGUGGAUAUCUGGCUUACAGGAUGUUGGAGCAGAACGGAUUUGAACAAGUCGUGAACCUCGAUGGUGGCACCAGCUUAUUCUUCAGCGGCGGUUUCGACCUCAAUUCCAGAAAAACCCUCCAGUGACAAAUCCAGAUACCAAACGCUCGCUACGGGAUUUGGCAAACCAUGUCAAUUUUGGACGAAAAUAGCCAAUAUGCUGAGAAGGACGUUAUGUAAAUGUACCAUAAUUGCAGGAAAAGAGAAAAGAGAUCGGAGUAAAUUUAUGCUACUACUCAGGUCGGGACGAGGUAAUCGGUAGGGAUAGUUAAGAGAAUGUUGUUGGUUCGCCAGACAUGCGCUUGUAAGGAAUUGCGUGUGAAACCCAUCCUGUUCUGCAUACGAAUGUUCGUAUCAGAUAUGCGGUAAUUUGUCACUUGUCAUCUCCUCCUCUUCUUCCUUCUCUUUCUUGUGCUAUGAAAUGGUGUCCACACAGGAUGUGCCUGGUCCUCAAUCGCGGAGACAGAGGGGAAAAGCGUCCACAUAAUUAAACGGAAAGAUCUGAGCUGGUGGUGGUCAUAAUUUCUUUGCAUUAUUCUGGUGUAAUUGUAGUCAUGAUGGAUAUGGACAUGUAUCUGUAUCUUAUAAGAGGAUGGGUAGUGGAGGAGUGUGCUUCGUAGAGGCGCAGGAGACGCGAUGGUCUGCCAAGCCCACGCAUACCGAGGUUCAAACAGUUGCUAAUGUACGGUGG